AUGACUUUACCUGACCUAACGAACGAUACCUUUGUACCUAAGCAAAAAAAACGCAAACGAGUUGUUGCAGAUUCAGCAACCCCUAUUCAAAGCACCUCCAAUCCCACACCAGCGACACAACCUGCAGGCUCUUCAGAUCCCACACCAACUCAGUUUCCAACCCGAUUUCAAGCCUUGUUCGACGAGAUGAAGCCCCUCGACGAAUCGGACCAAGACCUUCUCCUUGACCGAUUCUUUCGUCAGUGUAAGCUAGUUAAGGCACUCGACCAGAAAGGAAUGACAAGUAAUGAAGUACUUAACCCAUCACCUACGACUUCACCAAUCCGCCCGAACGAGCCGAUCAAAACAUCCCACCCCAAACAGGCGACUUCUUAUUGA